CCGUACCAGUGGUAGAAGCUUGAUGGAAGCUACUGUUGAUUGUUGAAGUUUCUCUUCUCUUGCUCUGACUCCAAUAUUUCCUAUAAAAUAAAAAUAGCAUUCUCUUCCUUCUUCCUUCUUCCUUCUUCCUUCUUCCAUUCAUUCAUUCACAUUCCACGCUUUCUUCAGAGCCUGCACUUGUUCCACCCUUCAACAUACAACUCCUCCUCUUCCCCAAUUCUCAUAUCCGUAAUCUGGCACUCUUCAGAGAACACUUUGUAAGAUAAAAAGAGAAAUGGCCUUAGACCAGUAUUUUGAUGAGGCGGUGCCCCAGUUGGAUUCCUUGGAAGAUAAAUCGUCUCUCGAAACAUGGAAAUGUGGCAGUGACGAUAUUGCAGAUUCUGAUAGAAAUGCCUCUGGUGGCUUUGAUUGCAACAUCUGCCUGGAGUGUGUGCAAGAUCCAGUGGUCACUCUUUGUGGCCAUCUCUACUGCUGGCCCUGUAUUUACAAAUGGCUUAAUUUACAAACUGCCUCUUCUGAAAAUGAAGAAGAGAAGCAACAAUGUCCAGUCUGCAAAUCAGAAAUCUCACAGUCGUCCCUUGUUCCACUAUACGGCCGCGGCCAAACCGUGUUACCUUCUAAAGGCAAAGACCACCAAGUAGGGGUUGUCAUACCAAGAAGACCCCUUGGUCCUACACUUGAUUCCGCAACUGUUUCCCCACCUAUUUCUCACGUUUAUCAUCGCCAUUAUCCGAAUCAUCCUCAACAAUUCAACUCAAUUCCUGGCAGUUACACUUCAAUGUUCAACACAGGUGGUUCACUAGCAAAUGCUUUUGAUACAACAUAUGGAGUCUUCGGUGAGAUGAUAUAUGCAAGGGUCUUUGGGAACCAGAUGACUAACACAUAUACAUACCCGAAUUCUUAUGAUCUUUCAAGGAACAGUAAUCCGAGGAUCAGAAGGCAUUUAAUGCAAGUUGAUAGGUCACUCAAUAGAAUCACUUUUUUCCUUCUUUGUUGCAUUGUUUUGUGCCUUCUCUUAUUCUGACUGCUAUUGCAUAUUUUUUGUGCAAUACAUCCCUGUAUAGAAUACAAGCAGUAUGCAGAUUCUGCCAGAUGCAUCAUAUACUCAGAAGUUGUUUGAUAAUGAGAGAGAUAUCUGUAACUAAUAGGCCCUUUUGGGUACAUGGCUUAAUUAAGGACAUAUUGAGUAAAUGCUUAUCAUACGAUAAUCGUUUCCGUAUAAAUUGUUUCUAUAAUCGAAGAAAAAAUAAGGUUAAACUAUUGUC